AUGGCAGCUCCAACAGCAUUAAAGAAAACUACUACAGAAGAGCAAAUACCCACAAACACUAAUAUCCCACAACCAAAUCAUGAACAAGAAGAUGAUGAAGAUAUGUUAAUAGAUACUAAUACUAUCCCAAGUACUGAACAAUCAUCUAAAGAUGAAGAUGAAGAAUCAUCAUCAUCAGCAGCAGCAAAAGAACCAGAAUCUACAAAACUUCAAUUAGAUGAAAAUGGUAAACCUAGAUUUACUGCUGCUUCUAAAACCAAUAUGAAAGUUAAAUUAGAAAGUAGAAAAGUUGCUGUACCACCACAUAGAAUGACACCAUUAAAGAAUGUUUGGACUAAAGUAUAUCCACCAUUAGUUGAACAUUUAAAACUACAAGUUAGAAUGAAUUUGAAAACAAGAACUGUUGAAUUAAGAACAAAUAAACAUACUACUGAUGUUGGUGCUUUACAAAAAGGUGCUGAUUUUGUUAAAGCGUUCACUUUAGGUUUUGAUGUUGAUGAUGCUAUUGCUUUAUUAAGAUUGGAUGAUUUAUAUAUUGAAACUUUUGAAGUUAAAGAUGUUAAAACAUUAACUGGUGAUCAUUUAUCAAGAGCAAUUGGUAGAAUUGCUGGUAAAGAUGGUAAAACUAAAUUUGCUAUUGAAAAUGCUACUAGAACAAGAAUUGUUCUAGCUGAUUCAAAAAUUCAUAUUUUGGGUGGAUUCACACAUAUAAGAAUGGCUCGUGAAGCUGUUGUUUCUUUAAUUUUGGGUUCUCCUCCAGGUAAAGUUUAUGGUAAUUUACGUACUGUUGCCAGUAGAAUGAAAGAAAGAUAUUAA